GAACUGCCUAAACCACAACUCAACACGAAGGUUCUCUACAAGAUUUUGCUAUGGAUGUCCAACUUGAUUUCAAUUAACAUCCAGCACUAACUUCAAGACGGCCGCCGCCCCUUUAUUACACAAAUCUACCCCUCUGAUUCCUCCCCAGACGUCUCUACAGACGUCCUUCCGCACCAGCAAUGUCGCCCAUACCAGUCGCCCUACCUCCAGCUCUCCCCUCCGAGCUCCUCAUCUACAUUUUGACCCACCAAACCUACCCUACAACCCUGAUAAUCUGCCAACCACGCUCGAGCUUCCACUCCUCCCUCCUAGCUUCGAUCCCACAAACCCUCCAAGCACAACCUCCUCCACCACCAGCAGAAGGCCUCUCAGACACUCAAUCUGAGCCCACCUCCGAACCUCCGCCUCUUCAUUUACUCUUGGUGCCUACCCUCCACCAAAUAGCGAUUUCGAGACAUAUCCACCUAGUCUUCAUCCCCACGGUCUCCCGCCUCCGCGCUUAUCUGGCUGUCUUCUCCUCUAUAGACGCAGAAAGCCAAGCCCCGCCGGAAAAGAAAUUCGAUAAACCGGGGACGAAACUGCCGUUGCUGGUUGUGUAUGGAUUACUGGAGUUGCAUAGGGAUACGAGUGAGUGGAGCGCGCAGGGAUUGGGGAAUAGUAUUGCGGGGUUGGUGGAAGCGGGGUGGCGGACUGGACGGAAGGUUGUGGUGUUAGAGGAGCGGGGAAUGGAUGAAUGUUUAAGUGACAUGGAGCUAGAGGAGGGAAGAAAGAAUAGGGUCAAGGUUUGGGAAGAAGGUGUGCCGAUGUUGAAUGGGAGUGUCAGGCAAGCUGGUCUCGAGAGCGAGGAUGGAGGGUGGAGUGGACGGACGGUCGAGGUUGGAAGGAUCUUGGCAAGGUGGUUUAAGUUUGGGAAGGGUGAUUGGGAAGAGUGCGAACACGAAUGAUGCUCAGUCUGGCCAUUUGUGGCAUUUAAGAACUUAUACAUUGUAUUGCUGGGUCAUUAUCAUGCUAUCUC